AUGGCCGAUACCGCAGUUGCUGCCGACGCUCCCGCCCCGGCGACGCCCGCGAAGAAGCCUAAGGCGUCCGCCUCCGCAGGCGCUAAGAAGCCUAAGGCGAAGCCCACCCACCCUAAGACGUCCGAGAUGGUUAACAGCGCCAUCAAGGAGCUGAAGGAGAGAAGCGGUUCGUCCCUGCAGGCUAUCAAGAAAUACAUCGCCGCCCAGUACAAGGUCGACGCCGAGAAGCUGGCCCCUUUCAUUAGAAAAUAUCUGAAGAGCGCAGUCGAAUCCGGCGCACUCAUACAGACCAAAGGCAAGGGCGCGUCCGGCUCGUUCAAACUGGAAUCGAAGACUUCAUCCGCCGGCAAGAAACCCGCCGCGGCCAAGAAAUCUAGCGCUAAAUCAUCAGCCGCCGCUAAGAAGCCCGCCGCAGCUAAACCGGCUAAGGCGAAGAAGGCCGCCGCGUCCCCGGCCAAGCCUAAGGCCGCCACGAAGGACAAGAAGGCCGCCGCCGCCAAAAAGAAGCCCGCAGCGAAGAAACCUUCCACCCCCGCCAAGGGCAAGAGCGCCGCCGCGCCUAAGGCCAAGAAGACCGCGAAGCCGCCGACCAAGAAGCCUAAAGCUCCCAAGCCAAAGAAGGCUGCUGCCGCUCCCAAAGCGAAGCCCGCCGCUAAGAAGGCUGCCUCGAAGAAAAACAUGUCUGGACGCGGUAAAGGUGGCAAGGUUAAGGGAAAGGCAAAGUCACGUUCUAACCGUGCCGGACUCCAGUUCCCCGUCGGCCGUAUCCACAGGCUUUUACGCAAGGGCAACUACGCCGAGCGCGUCGGUGCCGGUGCCCCGGUGUACUUAGCCGCCGUCAUGGAGUACCUGGCCGCUGAGGUUCUCGAGUUGGCAGGCAACGCCGCUCGCGACAACAAGAAGACCAGGAUCAUCCCUAGGCAUCUCCAGCUGGCGAUCCGCAACGACGAGGAGUUGAACAAGCUCCUCUCCGGUGUGACCAUCGCCCAGGGUGGUGUGCUGCCUAACAUUCAGGCCGUACUCCUGCCCAAGAAGACCGAGAAGAAGGCUUAA